AUGCAGGAGAUCGUGGUGGCCAUGACGGCGGUGGGCGGCUCCAUCUGCGUCAUGCUCGUGGUCAUCUGCCUGCUGGUGGCCUACAUCACCGAGAAUCUCAUGCACCCGGCCUUUGGGCGCCCCGGUCUGCGCAGGAUCCCCACGGAGGGCCUGCUGGAGAUGAAUAGGGGACCGGUUGGCCCGACACCUUGGCAUCAUCACACGACCUUCCUGGAGUCCCAGACUGGCUUGGGACUGGCCCUUGGACCUGGGCUGCAGUGCCAGCCGUGUCUAGAGCACUCCUGCUCUGCAGAGGCCUUUAUUAGGGGCAGCCAGGACAGUCCUCCUGGGGACAGCCCCCCUCAAGCUUUGCAGAAGUGUGGGGUGAGGUACACUUCCUACCCAGGCUAUCUUUGGGACAGCCUGGAGCUUGCUGUGACCCUGAAAAAGCAGAAACUGCUGGUGGUGGGGGGAGCGGAGUGUGGCAAAUCUAACCCAAACGUGGAUAUCCGAUCAAAUCAUACAAUUUCUAUCAAUAAUAUGAAUGACUAAAUUAAAAAAAUAAUCUUAAAGAAUUGAAGCAAUGCCCUUUUUUCUCAGUUUGGCUAUGCAGUAGAUACUGUGGCUUUAAAGACCAUGAAGAUAAGGGGGCAGGCCUUGUUUAAAGAACUGGGUUCAUCCACCAAGCUGAGGCAGUUACAAGGAUUUCCUUUUUAUGGUAAGCCAAUGCAAAUCUAAUACGCAAAAACAGAUUCUGACAUAUCUAAAAAGUGUGGCACUUUUGAUGACAAAGAAAAAAAAAAGAAAAAAGUCAAAAUUGUGAACCAGACGGCAACAACUACAAACAAAAAACCUAGCCAAGGAACACCAAAUUCAGCUAAUACCCAAGGAAGUUCAACACCAAAUCCUCAAAUAUCUGGUUACCCUCCAAACUAUAUUUUGUUCCUUAAUAAUUUACCAGAAGAGACUAAUGAGAUGAUGUUAUCCAUGUUGUUUAAUCGAUUCCUUGGCUUCAAGGAAGUUCGCUUGGUACCUGGGAGGCAUGACAUUGCUUUUGCUGAAUUUGAAAAUGGUGGGAAGGCUGGAGCUGCCAGGGAUGUUUUGUAAGGAUUUAAAAUCACACCAUCUCAUGCCACGAAGAUUGCAUGUGCCAAA